GAUCUUCUCAUUGGCAAUACCGGAGGCGGUUCUCAGGGAAAGCGAAACUGUUGUUAAUUUUGAAUUUGGAAAAGCAGCUCAGUAUGUCGUGAUUGAGUGGCGCGGAUGUGUCGCUCGGUCUCUCUGUUAGGAUUCCUUUAACAAAAGAACAUCAUGACAACCGGACAGUUCCUGCUCGAGGUCCUCGAUGAACUGAGCGAAAACGAUUUCGAAAGGUUCCGAUUCCAUCUUGAGAACAGCGCGGAAUUUAAACCGAUAGCCCGCGGGCGGUCGGAGGGGAAAUCUCGGCAAGAAAUGGCUUCUCUCCUCCAGCACAAUUAUGGAAAGCAGGCUCGAGACAUCAGCAGAAAGGUCCUGCUUCAAAUUCCCAGGCGUGACCUGGUGGGGAAAAUGUUUGGAGACGGAAACUUGAGUGGCUCCGAGAGUACUCGAGUGCAGAGGAAGAGAGAGAGACUGAAGGACUGUGAAUCUGAUGGAGCUCUGUCUGAGCCUUCGGACAAUGAAAUGAUCAUGUCAAAGAAAAACAAGGUGGAGCUAAAGAUACUGACAGACAAAAAACUGAUGCAAUUGGCCAAAAACAUGGGGCAUAAUUGGCAGCAAAUUGGAAUCCAAUUCCUGGAUCUGCAAAGCCACGAAAUUGAGCAAUGUGAAGCUCAGCAGCGGUUAGUUGUCUUGCAGAGAUUUGAAAUGCUCAAAUGCUGGAGAAACCGCGAAAAGGAGGGAGCCACUGCUGUCAAACUUCACUCCAUUCUUUCUAACAAGGAAUGCCCCAUUAGUUCUGCACAAUUGAAUUGUCUUCUUGAAGAAAACCUAUGACCAAAGUCAAUGAGGAGAGUACUUUGCUUUUUUUAAAAAAAACCUUUAAAUGAAUCUUAAAUUUUGUACAUUUUAUACUUUUUUUUAAUUUCCGUGAUUGAUACCCAUAUCUUUUUGCAUUAAUCCGAAGAUACUACUGAAAAGGAAUGAUUGAUUUAUUAUCCAUUUGCAACAAGAAUGCAGACUGGAGGCUACCGAGAAGGGAAACUUCCCUCUUAAAGACUUACCUUGUGAGGAGGUGAAGCAAAGGCUCAACAGGAGUGGAUGCGGACACGGGAAUUGCUGGGCACGUGAACUGAUAUUUUGGGGCCUGUAAUUAACCUUGAAACACUACACGUCGUGCCUCCCACCCAUCCUCCUCUAACCAAAAAAAUGACUGUGAGUGGAGGGUUGGUAAGGUCAGGCUUUUAAGAAAUUUUUUUUCAAUCUCUCUUGGCAAUUUAGAUCAGCGGGGAUGGAGGCUAGGGCAGUUGCAUGCUCCUCCUGCAGGAUGUGGGAGGUAAGGGUCAUCACUGGCAUCCCUGCUGACUUCGCCUGCGAGAAGUGCACCCAACUCCAGCUCCUCACAGACCGUGUAAGGGAACUGGAGCUGGAUGAACUUUGGAUCAUCGGGAGGCUGAGGGGGUGAGACAGGGGAGUUACAGGGAGGCAGUCACAUUAAAGGGGGAGCUAAAAGAGGUGGAGAAGUGGCAUGACUAAUCAGAAAUAGUAUCACAGCUGCAAAAAGGGAGGUCUUCGAGGAGGGUUUGUCUAUUGAGUCAGUAUGGGUGGAAGUCAGAAACAGGAAAGAAGCAGUCACUUUAUUAGGAGUUUCCAACAGACCAUUCCCCCCCCUCCUCUCAGUAGCAACAGAGACACAGAGGAGCUGAUUGGGAGGCAGAUUUUGGAGAAGGUGCAGAAGAAUCAUGGUUGUCUUGGUGACUUUAACUUCCCUAAUAUUGAUUGGAACCUCCUUAGUACAAAUAAUUUGGAUGGAGCAGUUUUUGUCAGGUGUGUCCAGGAAGGGUUCCUGAUUCAAUACGUAGACAGGCUGACUAGAAGGGAGGCCAUAUUGGAUCUGCCAGGUGUCAGAUAGCUUGGUGGGAGAGCAUUUCAGUGAUAGUGAUCACAACUCCCUGACCUUCACUAUAGUCAUGGAGGGGGAUAGAAGCAGAUGGUAUGGGAAAGUAUUUAAUUUUUUCUUUUAAUGGGGGAAUGGCUCCCCUUUAUAUUCCAGGUGCACCACCUGAACAGAUCACUAGUCAUGUCUGCACACUACAGCCCACGGUCCCUCAAGAAGAAGCUCAUUUAAUGUGCGGCAAGUGGAAAAAAGCACAGACUUUAUCAAAUUUUAAAACUAUUCCUACAAAUACUACUAAAAUUAAGAAACUAACCACUACUCCUAACUUAACAUCUCCAGAGAUCUUACACCCCCCCUCGCCCAUAAGGGGUAUUUACUCCCAACCUUAUCAAAUUUAAAAACUAUUCCUACAAACACUAUUAAAAUUUAGAAACUAAAAUUAAGAAACGGUGGCUCAGUGGUUAGCACUGCUGCCUCAGGGUUCCAGGUUCGAUUCCAGCCUCGGGGUACUGACUGUGUGGAGUUUGAACAUUCUCCCCGUGUCUGCGUGGGUUUCCUCCAGGUGCUCCGGUUUCCUCCCACAGUCCAAAGAUGUGCAGGUCAGGUGAAUUGGCCAUGCUAAAUUGUCCAUAGUGUUAGGUGCAUUAGUCAGAGGGAAAUGGGUCUGGGUGGGUUAAUCUUCGGAGGGUCGGUGUGGACUUGUUGGGCCGAAGGGCCUGUUUCCACACUGUAGGGAAUUUAAUCUAAUCAAGGGAAUCUAAUUUUACAGCUGUCCUGGCACCUUCCAGUUAAGGCCACGCCCCAAACCCAGCCAAUGGAAAAAAAAUUGUUAUUUACACUUCUACAAGUUGACAGUGGACACCCACCCCUCCCUGACCACAUCUCGAUCUCACACAUCUUCACUCCAAAGAAGUAACCACCCCUCACUCAGAAAAACAGCAGUAGAAUAAAGAUAACUACCAAACGGAUACAAUAUAAAACAAACCAGAUUUUACACCAAAGCAAUACCAAGCCUCUAAGGCCUGAGACCACAAAAGGGAAAAGAACAAAAAAAAGAUUAAAAAUAAAUUAUACCAUUGUCUGCACAUAUCUUUUCCUCUUCCCCCUCAGUCUGUCUAUUAUUUCAAUGAGUACAAAAAUUCUUUUGCUUUUUCCGCCCAGUCGAAGUUGUAAACAGAUUCCCUCAUAAUUAAA